ACUAUGUAUAUCAUCAGCUUUAUUAUCGGGGGUCUUGCGAGCUCUGCAAUGGCCCUCGAAUACACCGACCUCGCUCCCUGCGGUCAAAUAUGCAUCAAGAGCAUGUUUGAACAGGCAUACAAUAUGAACUGCCCCCCGUAUGCCGACGGCCGGCCGAAUCUUGAAUGCCUUUGCAAAGACGCCAACUUCUUGAACGGUAUCCAUGACUGUGUUUUUGCGACCUGCAAUAGUACUCCGGACGCCGAAACCACUUUGGACCUCGCUGCGAUAUAUUGCACGGAUCCAAAAUACAAAUCCCCCGACUGUCCCUGUCUGGACCCGCUCCUGUCACCUGGCGCUUCACCUGCGGCUGCCGUCGAUCCUGCUCCCGAAGUCAAUUCCAAUUCCAACUCCAAUUCCGGCUCUGAUUCCUCCGCGAACAACGACAAUGUCUCGAGUCCCUCUGGCUCGACUAAUCCGAACCCGAACUCAAACUCUGACGAUGGUACCGCCCCCACCGGCAACAACGACAACACCCUCGUCGCUACUCCCACCACUAACGGUGAUGGUGCUGUCUCGUCUAAUAGUGUGGAAACAGAAGGAGAAGGAGAAGGAGGAGGAUUAAAGACAGUUACUGCGUACGUGGCUCCUAAAGUUACUACCGAGUUGGCUAAUACUGCUUCUGCUUCUGCUCCUGCUGGUAGUGCUAGCAAGACGAAUGAGCUGGAUCAUGCAGAUGCUAGUACGCCCACGUCUGCUAGUUCGGGGGGUGCGGCGGAGAAGAAUAGCACCGGGGCUAGGGAGAUGGGGAGUUUGUGGGAGAGGGUGUUGUUGGUUGUUGUGUUGGGGUUUGUGAUGGUUCUUUAAGUUAUUUUUCUAAGGGGGGUUUGGUGUAACUACCUAUGUCUAGGUCCUUGGACGAGGAACAUGACAUACACGAGGAAUGGAGGAUACGGAUGUUGACACGCGCGAAUUCAGGAGAUGUAGUUUGGCAUGCGGAUUUGGGUCUCUAGCUAGGAUCUAGAAUAGUUACAGGAGAAGGAAAAGACAGAGAUAAGAACAAAGCGCGUCGUUUGCUCGAGAAAA